AUGUCGGUCAAAUCCGCCAAAGCGUCAGUCUCAUCGGGGACUUCGUCACAAGUAUUCUGGCAUCUCGUUCGAAUAUGCCUUUCAUUCUCGCUGUUGUUUGUCGAUAACACCAUUCUUGUGGUCGCGGGCUUUUUAUCCUAUCUCCAGCCAACGGUCCAUCGGCGCCGAGCGACACAACGGAACGUGCCGUUUUACCCUAAAACAGUCCUCAUUACGGGCGUAGGUACAGUGCAUGGCCUGACUCUGGCAAGGUCAUGGGCUCAAGAAGGCCACCACGUGGUUGGGGCCGAUGUUACAGACCUGGAUCUGCCCGUGCGCUCCGGUGGGAGCAUGUCAAAGGCCCUAGUGGCAUUCUACCGGAUUCCCAAGGAUCACUAUCUUUCCCGGCUGCUCGACGUUAUCCACCGUGAGAAGGUCGACCUGUGGAUUCCAUGCUCACCCAAGGCAUCCUGCAUUGAAGAUGCCACGGCCCGGCAGGUUGUUGAGAGUCGCACUAACUGCAAGUGCAUCACUUUCGACACUGAGUUGGCAGCUUGCUUCGCCCACCCUGAUUCUUUCAGACAGUAUGUGACAGAGAGAGGUCUUCCUGUGCUUGAGUAUCAUAGGGUCCAAUCCCGCGACUCUGUGCACAAGAUCUUGAACCGAUCGCCCGCCAAGACCUACCAGAUCUCUCGAGCGACCCCAUCUGCGAAUGAAAAGGCUUUGCUCUUGCCAAGGCGUACACCGAGCAAGACAUACACGAAGAUCAGCGAGAUCCAGAUUUCUGAGGACCGGCCUUGGAUUUUACAGCAACAAUCUCGUCUUGGAGAGCUAUUCGCUGAUCUACUCGUUGUGCGUGGUCACGUCCAAGCCAUUAACGUUCGGCUUUCGGAUUCUGGCUCCUCUAUGUGGGGUACUUCGCGUCUAGAUGAAGCUCUGGCCGCUUCGGUUCAUAGGCUCAUGCAGACAUUAGCAGCCAAAGGUGGUGCUCGCUUGACCGGCCAUCUCUCGGUCAGACUCUCGGUUGAUGAAGAAUUCGACGCGCAUUCUGUCCGACACACUGUCUACAUCGCUGGGUGUACACCUGGUGCUAGAGCUUUCGACAAUAUGCUGUAUAAUGGACCUUCCCCCAUUGCAGGCUAUCUAUCUGUGUUCACUUUCAAUCAAGUCGAAACAGCCAAGAUCGCAGUGACACUAUCAUCAACCCGUAAAACGCCCCCAUUUGCCCAACCUGCUAUUCUUCCCGCUGCUUUCUUGCAGUUUUCUUUGUUUCACUUUGCACUGAUAGCUCUUGAAGUUGCAGAGGCAGAACUAGUGAGGCUGUUGUUUUGGAAAAAUCCUCUCUUUUCUUGUCUUGAUCCGCUUCCUUGGUGGUGGCAAGUACAUGUCUAUCAACCCUUGCGAGAGAUCUGGGUGUUGAUGAAACAAACGCGAGAAGCGGGAUUAACUUCCCUUUGA